GGCUGGAGGUAUUGGAGUUGGAGGGCUGUUGGCCGGCAACCGGCGGGCGAACGGGCGGCGCGCCGGUGCGAAGGUGCGGCCGGGAGGUGCGGAGCGGAGUCUGGGACGGCAGGACCGGGAGCCGCCGCGCCGAGGGCCCGAGAAGCGGGACGGGCGCUGAUUUACGGCCUGACACGCAAGUUUUGGGAAUAAUCCCUCCCCUGCCAAACACAAGUUUGAGUGAGGAUUCACCCAAUCCUCCCUGCUAUAAAGUCCACUUGGGAAUUAAACCCUGCGAACCGAACAAGGCCUUGAGGGGUCUGGUCGAGUCUAGAAAGGGCUCCUCUUCUCCACCGGUCGCGGCGGCGAGAGAGAGAGAGAGAGACAGCUAAGCUAGGGUUUCUGAUUCCCCUUCCUCGAUCGCCGGAGGAGAUGUCGCGGACGCUGGUGCAGCCCGUGGGGCAGAAGCGGCUGACGAACGUGGCGGUGGUGCGGCUCCGCAAGCAUGGGCAGCGGUUCGAGAUUGCCUGCUUCCCCAACAAGGUGCUCUCAUGGCGGACGCGCGUGGAGAAGGACCUGGACGAGGUGCUCCAGUCCCACACCGUCUACUCCAACGUCUCCAAGGGCGUCCUCGCCAAGUCCAAGGACCUCCUCAAGGCCUUCGGCACCGAAGACCAGACCCAAAUCUGCCUCGAGAUCCUCGACAAGGGCGAGCUCCAGGUCUCCGGCAAGGAGCGCGAGGCCCAGCUCUCCUCCCAGUUCCACGAGGUCGCCACCAUCGUCAUGGACAAGACAAUCAAUCCGGAGACACGCCGCCCCUACACCAUCACCAUGAUUGAGCGCCUCAUGCACGACGUCCAUUUCGCCGUCGACCCCAACCUCACCUCCAAGGAACAGGCACUGAAAGUUAUUAAAAAGCUUACAGAGCAUUUCCCCAUAAAGCGUGCACCAUUGAGGGUGCGGUUCACUGCACCAAAGUCCAAAUUUGCAAGCCUUACUGAGAAGCUUGGAGAGUGGAAUGCUAAUGUUAUUUCAAAGGAUGAAUCUGGAAACCAGCCUUCUGUUGUGUGUGAGAUUGAGCCAUCUAUUCUGCACAUGUGUGAGGAGAGAUUGAAGGAUGUGCAAGGGAGGGUGGAAGUACUCUCAGUAUCAGCGCAUGCAGAAGGUGGCUCGUCUGUGGAUCAUUAUGAAAGCACUGAAGAGUCUCGAUCAGUGCCUGCAGUGGAGACUGAUCCUGUUGCUCAGAUAGGCCAGGCCAUGCAGAAACAGUCCAUUUCAAGCACGACAGAAAAUCUGGGUCAGGGACUAGGCAAACAGCAGAGGAGAUGCAAAGAAUGUGAUGUUCUUGUGGAGGACAAGUUGUAUCGGGAGCAUUGCAAAUCUGGGUGGCACAAACACAACUACACACGGCACAAGAACGGCCUUCCUGCACUCAGCCAAGAGGAGUGCUUGGUGGAAAUGGAAUUAGCUGACUCCAAGAGGGACCUAAAGGACUAUGAUUUCUGAGGUGGAGCCGCGGAGACUGUAAACGUUCUGUGUGGUACAUGGAGUUUCAGUGUUUUCGCUUGAGAAAGGGUUAUCUCUUGAUGCUGUAUAGGGAGGGGACGGAAUAUUUGUGUAACUGCGAUAUACGCUAGCAAUCUACCGAAAUGGAGUGGUAUGUUACAUUGUUUAGCUGCAGAAGGAUAGCUGAACCUGGUUGCUGAUGUAUAAGUUGGCCUAGUGAAACUGGUGGCAGUUUUGAUGUUGCUUGUUCUGCAAUGGGAUGCUAUGCUAUGUGAGAGACCAGACCACAUGUUAGUGCCAUGUUUCUUGCUAUCAUUCUUGUGAACACAGCUGAAUGCAAACUUUUAGAUUGAUUUUGCAACCUACAGAGUGUCAAUUUGCU